AUGCCCGAAAGGGUCCUUACGAGAUUCGCCGAUUCGGACGACGAAACGGUCCCGAAGACGUCGCCCAAAGCGGAGAAGAGUGCAGAAACAGCGCCUGUGAAAAGGAAAAAGCAGGAGGAUAAAGAGGAUACGCUGAAGAAGAAGAAUAAGAAGCGGAAGCAUGAUGAUAGGCUACCUAGUGAGGAGAAGAAGUUGAAGGUGUCUAAAGAGCCGAAGACUGAGGACCAAGAGAAGCCCAAGAAUGGCGCGGACGAGAUGCCGAAGGAGGAACAAACACAGAAAUCCGAAAAGAAGCAGAAGGAUCAAAAGCAGAAGCAGAAGCAGAAACCGACUCGGGACAUCAAAACCAAUUUCACCCCCCUAAGAGAAAAAGCCCGAACACUCUACGAAACCCGCAAGAACCUUCCCAUUUUCCCCCACGGCGAUGAAAUUCGCCAACACCUCCGCAAAAACGAUGUUAUGCUGUUAGUUGGAGAGACGGGUAGCGGAAAGAGUACACAAAUUCCGCAAUUCCUAGUAAAUGAGCAAUGGUGUCGUCCUACCACCAUGAACAUCCCGCAGGACGACAAUUCGCGCAAAGACACCCCGGUGGGCGGAUGUAUUGCCAUCACACAGCCGCGUCGAGUCGCCGCAAUCUCGCUAGCAAGACGUGUGGCAGAGGAAAUGGGGACACCACUAGGAUCAUCAUCGCCGGCGAGCAAGGUUGGAUACUCGGUGCGUUUUGACACCUCUACGGGGCCGAGUACGAGGGUCAAAUACUUGACGGAGGGAAUGUUGUUGCAGGAAAUGCUGCAUGACCCGUGGUUGACGAGGUAUAGCGCCGUUGUGGUCGAUGAAGUUCACGAACGGGGUGUGAAUGUGGAUUUGGUGUUGGGUUUCCUGAGGAAUAUGGUUUCUGGGAAGCGAGAGGGACGUGGUGGUGUGCCGCUUAAGGUGGUGGUUAUGAGUGCUACGGCUGAUAUGGAGAGCUUACUAGCUUUUUUCCAGACUGGUAUUCAGAAUAGUCCUCGUCUGGAGAACAAUGAAAAGAGUGCUACGACUAAAGAGACUGAGGAUGAUAUCGCUGUGUGCCAUAUCAAGGGUCGUCAGUAUCCUGUCAAGACGAUCUACGCUCCGGAGCCAGUGCAUGACUUUGUCGAUGCCGCUCUUAAGGCUAUCUAUCAGAUUCAUUACAAAGAGCCAAUGCCCGGAGAUAUCCUUGUGUUCUUAACAGGACAGGAGACCGUUGAAGCAUUGGAACACUUGAUUAAUGAAUAUGCUAUUGGAAUGGACCCGUCCCUGCCCAAGAUCCAAGUGCUGCCGUUGUUCGCAGCGCUUCCCCAAGCGGCCCAACAGCGGGUGUUCGCUCCCGCACCACCUCGCACACGCAAAGUGAUUCUGGCUACUAACAUUGCCGAAACGUCGGUUACAGUGCCUGGUGUGCGUUUCGUGGUGGACUGCGGCAAAGCUAAGGUCAAGCAAUUCCGCACACGUCUUGGGCUGGACUCGCUCUUAGUUAAGCCGAUUUCCAAAUCGGCGGCGAUUCAGCGGAAGGGCCGUGCAGGAAGAGAGGCCCCGGGUCAAUGUUAUCGGUUGUAUACGGAAAAGGACUACCUGGCUCUGGACGAAACCAACACACCGGAGAUUUUGCGAUGCGAUCUCAGCCAGGCUAUUCUAAACAUGAAAGCUCGCGGAGUAGAUAAUGUCAUGGCCUUCCCGUUCCUGACGCGACCACCACGGGAGGCUUUGGAGAAGGCUUUGCUUCAGUUGCUGAGCAUCGAGGCACUGGAAGAGUCGGGCCAGAUAGGCGCUAUCGGGAAACAGAUUGCCAAACUCCCGCUUACACCCACUCUCGGUCGGGUGCUCUUAGCAGCGGCAGAGAACGGACCUGGUUGCCUGACGGACGUAAUUGAUAUUAUCUCAUGUUUGAGUGUGGAGACUAUCUUCCUGCAAACGACAUCGGAAGAGAAGAAGGAAGAGGCAGAGACGGCACGUCGGGAUCUGUAUCGGCGCGAGGGCGACCAUCUGACGAUGAUGGCCACUGUGCAGGCAUAUGCGGCCGAGAAUACCGAUCGGAAAGCAUGGGCACAGCGGCAUCUCGUGUCGCACCGCGCGAUGCAAUCUGUGAUGGACGUCCGCAAGCAACUCACCACACAAUGUCGACAAGCCAAACUCCUCCCGCCUACUGAACAACGAGGGGAUCCUACACUCACACGCGAACCAUCACCUGUUCUCAUCUUGAAGAGUUUCCUCACCGGCUUCGCGACCAACACGGCCCGGCUGGUUCCGGAUGGCAGUUAUCGUACGGUGGUUGGGAAUCAGACCGUGGCGAUCCACCCAUCGAGCGUACUGUUUAGCAAGAAGGUCGAGGCGAUCAUGUACAAUGAGUAUGUGUUCACGAAUCGAAGCUAUGCACGGGGUGUGAGUGCGGUGCAGAUGGACUGGGUUGGGGAAGCGCUGGCUGGCGGGUCAUGA